AUGGAACGUUUACAGCGCUUGCUUGGAAGCGGAGCCGGCCUCGGUGGAGCCGCCCCUCCUCAAAACGACGGUCCCGUCGUUGACAAUGCGGAAACCGUGUACAUCUCCUCGUUGGCUCUCCUCAAAAUGCUUAAGCACGCCCGCGCCGGGGUGCCCAUGGAAGUGAUGGGGUUGAUGUUGGGCGAGUUUGUCGACGAAUUCACCAUCCACGUCAUCGACGUGUUUGCCAUGCCUCAGUCCGGGACCGGGGUGUCGGUCGAAGCCGUCGACGACGUCUUCCAAACGAAAAUGAUGGACAUGUUGAGACAGACUGGCCGUGACCAAAUGGUGGUGGGGUGGUACCACUCCCACCCUGGGUUCGGGUGCUGGUUGUCGCUGGUAGAUGUGUCCACGCAACAGCUGUUCGAGCAAUUGAACAAGCGGGCAGUGGCGGUGGUGGUGGACCCGAUCCAGUCGGUGAAGGGUAAGGUCGUCAUCGACGCCUUCCGCACUAUCGACGGCACCACGCUCAUGAUGGGCCAAGAACCUCGCCAGUCUACUUCUAACAUUGGUUACCUCAAUAAGCCCCUGAUUCAAGCGUUGAUCCAUGGGCUCAACCGCCACUACUACUCGCUCAACAUCGACUACCACAAGACUCUGUACGAAACCAAUAUGUUGCUCAACUUGCACAAAAAUACCUGGCAGCUGGCGUUACAACUUGAAAAGUACGACCGUCACGAACACGACAACUUGGCCGCAGCCCAGCUGAUGGUGAAGAUCGCUGAACAAUACAACCAGCGAGUGCAAGAAGAGAAGGAAUUGACUGAAGACCAACUUAAGACCCGCUACGUCGGGAAGCAGGAUCCCAAAAAGCAUUUGGGUGACACUGCCGACAAGUUGAUCGAGAGCAACAUCACCACGUUGUUGACGUCGAAUUUGAACGCCAAGGCCAUCCAGUAA